AUGGACAUAUCUUCGUUUAUCUUUAGCGCACUUCCUGUCGCGUUGUACGCGCUGGAUAAUUACCAGCGGUGUUUGAAGCCCGUAAAGGACUAUUGGAAGUACGAGUCUACCUUGAAGCGCAUCCGAUCGCACGUCUUUCUGCAACAGGAGCAGCUCGACGCCACUAUGUCUCACUUGGGGUUAACUAGGCCAACAGAGAAAGAGCUCAGAGCCAGGUUGCAGGAAGUUUACCCGGGGAAGUGCGAUAUCUUCAUGGAAAUCCUGGAGGAGAUGAGGAAGUCGUUGGAGAGGUUGAUGCGAAACCUCGAUGUCGAUUAUCAAGGCAAGGCAUCUCCUCAGUUCUCCCCUCCAUUGGCCGCGGUAAAUCUGAAGCCAAGAAGCCGAAUUAAGCUUCUUUCUUUUCGACCGAAUAAGCGCGUGGACAUUGUUGAGAAUUCGCCAGCGGCUGCUCCCCGUUCCGAGCUAACUAGCAGCCGUUAUGCGGCGCGACAUCCUCAAAUCCCCUGCAUGUGUCGCUUCAUCAACGACAGUAUAGCGCCGCAGUAUGGCGUGAUCCAGCUCGAGCGAGAGGGUAAUCGAUUCGUUGUCAGAGUGUCGAAAGAUAGCGCCACUGAUACCGAGCCAGCGGUAUAUCCUCUCAAAUCACUGCUCCAAAACUCGAGGAGGCAACAGCCGAGCGGUUCAGGUUUCGCGCUGUCGCGGCGACACAGAUUCGAGAUCGCCGCCGCUGUCAGCUGGGCGGCGCUCUACCUAUGCGGUACAUCAUGGUUCGAAUCAGGCUGGGGUGUCAAGGAUGACCUCCACGUCUUUCUCCGCACAGAGGGAAAGGCCAAUCGCGCGGUUGUUCUCGACGUCCACCCCAGCAUCUCCCACGUCUUCAAGCAGAGCUCUGCUGAUGUACCACUCGAGGGAACUGCCCCCGGCUUUGGGACCGGCCAGAUCCGCAACAGAACCCUAUUCAAUCUGGGCAUUCUGCUUCUCGAGCUCUGCCUUGGUCAGACGUUUGAGCAAAUCUCCAAUGAAGCUCGCAGACCGGCAAGUGAGGGCGGUCUCCCGUUGUCAUCUCAAGCCGCCUCGGUCGCGGCGCCGUUGAGUGAUUAUGAAGUCGCCAACCAGCUCCUAGAUGAGGUUUACUUGGCUGAGGGAGAGCUGUACGGCGAUGCACUGAGACGUUGUUUACGGUGUGAAUUUCCUGGGAGGGAUUCGGUACCUAAGCCUACCCCAAAGCCUAUCCCUAACCUCGCUGAAUUCGGCUGUUAA